UGCCAGCUUCCCUGCCAGCUUCCCUGCCAGCUUCCCUGCUUGGUUGCUUGCUUCUCUGCCUGUCCUCCGUCUGUUGGCUAUCCACCCGCUUCUGUGUCCACCAUGGUCAAGACCACCGCCGCUGUCGCUCUUGUCGUUGCCAGCAUGGCCGUCGCCGCCGUCUCGGCCGAUCCUGCCACCAACGGCAACUGCGUCUCGGGUCGAUUCAACUUCUCAAACAUUGCCCCGAGAGUCUUCUACAACAAGGACGCCUCCAGGAAGAACCCGCCAUUCCCCGAGGCCGACCGGUCGCUCUACGACUUUACCCUCGACAACGGAGCCGAGAACGCAAAGUUUGACUCCAACGGCAUGACCAUCACCCUCACCAAGCAAAUCAUCAACGGAAGCAACUAUGCCUACGGCGCCCAGCUCAGCACCAACUUUUAUGUCAAUUACGGCAAAAUCACUGUCAGCCUGAGCGCCCCUGCCGAGCCUGGCAUUGUCACGACUUUCUACACCAUGUCUGCCGUCAAGGAUGAGAUCGACAUGGAGAUUGUCGGCAAGGAAACCACCACGAUCCAGUCCAACGUCUUCUACCGCGGCAUCCCCGAGUUUGGCGUGCACAUGCAGAGACUGACCAUCCCCAACAGCGGCGCCGUCAAUGGCAUGCACCAGUACACCAUCGACUGGAACAGAAAUCGUCUGAUUUGGUUGAUCGACGGCGUCCCUCUGCGCACCCUGUACAAGAACCAGUCCGUCUCGCUCAUGAACACCACCAAGGACCCUUGGUAUCCGACCACCCCCUCGAUCAUCCAGAUGACCUGCUGGGACGGCGGCGAUGUCACCUCCAGCCCAGGCACCUCGACCUGGGCCGGCGGCCCGCCUUCGUGGUCUGUUCCAAAUUACCAGGCCGUCUUCCAGUACCUCGACAUCCAGUGCUACGACGACAACGACAACCCCGUCGAUGUCUGGCCUCCGAACAGCGCCCCCACCGGCACCGCCUCUGGCCCUCAGAGUACCGGCACCUCUGCUCCCGGCUCCAAGUCAGGCGCUCCCAAGCUCCUCCAGGGCAGCAUUGCCGGAGCGGCCCUUCUCUUGGGCACCCUUGUCUUCACCUGGCUCCUCUAGACAACCGGAUUUCCCCCGAACACGAUCCCCCCCCGUCUCAUGCUAUUUAUCUCAGCUGAACAGCGCCUCCAGAUUGCGAGGAUAAUCAGCGAAAUCACCCCAUCCCGAUCAACAUAAUAAACGUGUGUCCGCCAUC